CGGGGGGAGGGUUCCUGCUGCAGUGGCCUCCUGAAUUGGGGGGCGAGCUCGGCGCUGACGCGCGGCCCUCACGUGACCUGGAGCUGCAGAGCGACGCAGCCUUCGGUGCAGUCGUCAUUCCCGUCUGGCUACCAGCUCCCCGCUGCCCUGCGCACGGCGGGCUGGCACGGGGCCUGGGGAAAGCGGAGCAGUCUGUCGGACAGGAGUUCGGUGUGGCACGGUUUGUGGUGAGGCGAGGGGAGAAGGAGAGGAGAAAACUGCACAGGAUCCAUGGAGGCCUGCAGUAGGGCUGUUUACCGCUGAAAGCAAGAGAAAGAGGGGAAGGCUGGCCUGGAACCAUGCAGAUCUGCCUGCAUGUCUGCUGUGGGGUUUGAGGUCACUGGAAACAAAGAAGCACGGAGAAAAUUGCCCCUGAUCAAUAUAGACUGGUCCAAAGAUCCCAUGAGUUUAUACUGCAUCUACUUUAGGGUGUAUCACCAAGCAAGAGGAGGAAAGAGGAGGGAACAGUCUCAGAUCAUUACAGGUCCACUUCCAGUCGCAGCUGUAGUGGCCUUUGAAUGGCUGAAGACCAGCACCCUCACAGGCCUACACCCAGACCUAUCAUCCUCUUUCCCCAGCCCGAGGAGCCCCCUGUACCUUGUUCGUGCCUUCAGCAGGGGUGAUUACAUGGGCCGCAUUCAGGAAUUGGGCUGGGUGACUGCAGGACUGGUGAUCUGGGCAGGCACCUGCUACUACAUUUACAGAUUAACCAAGGGAAGAGCCCAGAGUGUGAGGAGACUUGCCAGAAAUGGGUCCAGAGUCAAGAUGGAGACUGUGGUUGGGGUACAGAACCAGACCUUGGCCAUGAGUGAAGCCAUGGCUGGCGCAGAGGUUGAGACUAGACCCAAGGCCAAGACUGGAGCAGAAACUGGAACAGGAGGUGGGCCUGGGGAUGAAGUAGAGACCAAGAUCACUGCUAUAGUGAGACCCAGAGACAGCUCUCUGGCCAAGGCAAUGGCUGGGGCAGAGGCAGAGACCCAAUCUAAGGCCAAAGAGGUGGCUGGAACAGUGGUUAUGACAGAAGCAGUGACUCUGACUGAGGCCAAGGCAAAAUUUGCUGAAGUUGCCAUGAAAGAGGCAGUGACCCAAACUGAUGCUGAGGCUGGGAGAGUAGUCAAGAAAGAGGCAGUGACUCAGACCAAAGCUAAAGCAGGGGCACUGGUUCCCAGGGCAGAGGCCAAGAAAGAAGCAAUGACUCAAACCAAAGCUGAAGCCCGCAUAUUGGCUGAAAAAGAGACAGAGAUUAAUAGAGUAAUUGUGACACAGAGUGAGGCCUUGGCAGAGACCAAGGAAGUGACCAAGAUGUGGGCCACGAACAAGACUGAAAUUGUGGCUGAGACCAAGGCAAGAGCUCUGGAAGAGACUGUGAGUGUGGCUAAGACUCAGUCUGAGGUCAGGCCUGGUGCCACAGUUGAUGCUAGGGGAAAUUUUAAUGGCAUUUCUGGGUCAGUGGCUGGAGUGGAUGUGAAGUCCUGUGCACAGUCUCAGGCUGUGGCCGAGAUCCAGGGUGAUAACAUGCCUGGUGCUGGGGCUGAAGACAAGGAGAAUUGCAAAACCAUGCCUGGAGCAGGGUCUGGGGCAGACAUGAGGGCUUCUGCUCAACCUCAAAUUGUUGCCAAGGCCCACACUGAGGCCAUGCCUGGGGCAAGGGUUGAUGCUGGGGAUAAUACCAAUGCCAUAUGUAAGGUAGGGGCAGGGGCAGAUAUGAGAGCUUGUGUCCAACCUCAGAUUGUGGCCAAAAAACAGGCUGAGGCAACGUCUGGUACCAGGGUUGAUGGUAGGGGAAAUAUCAGUGUCAUAACUAAGGCAAUGACUGGAGCUGAAAAGAAGGCUGCUGCUCAGCCUCAAGCUGUAACCAGUGCUCAGGCUGAGGCCACGCCUGAUGCCAGGGUUAAGGGUAGAGGCAAUCCCAAUGCCCUGGCUAAAGCAGGGGUCAAGGCAAACUUGAGGGCCAAUUCACAGGCUGAGGCCUUGCCUGAUACCAGGGAUAAGACCAGAGGCAAUACUGUUAUCAUGGCUAAAGCAGGGGCUGGGACAGACGUAUUGUCCUGUACUCAGCCUCAGCCUGUGGACAAUGUACAGGCUGAUGCCUUGCUUGAUGGCAGAAUUAAGGCUAAUGGCAAUGCCGACACCAUGUCUAAGGAAGGAGCUGGAACAGACACGAAGGCACAGCCUCAGGCUACAGCCCAGAGCCAAGGUGAAGCCUUACCUAAUACCAGAGGUAAGGCUAGGGGAAAAGCCAAAGCCAAAGGUAAAGCAGGGGUUGGGACAAACAUGAAAACCUGUGCACAGCCUCAGAGUGGAGCCAGGACCCAAGCUGAGGCCUUACCUGAUUCCACGGUUGAUGGUAGGGGCAACCCUAAUGCCAUUUCUAGAGCAGGGGCUAAGGCAGACCAGAGGGCUUGUGGUCAGCCCCAGGCUGUGGCUAAUUCCCAGGGCGAGGAUUUGCCUGGUUCCAAGAAUAAGGUCAGGGGCAAUCCCAAUGCUGUGCCUAAGGCAGAGGCUGGGGCAAUUACAAUGGCCUCUGCCCAGCCCCAGGCUGUGGCCAAUUCCCAGGGUGAGGCUUUGCCUGGUACCAAGAAUAAGGUCAGGGGCAAUCCCAAUGCUGUGCCUAAGGCUGGGGCUGGGGCAGAUACAAUAGGCUCUGCCCAGUCUCAGGUUGUGGCCAGUUCCCAGGGUGAGGCCUUGCCUGGUGCCAAGAAUAAAGCCAAGGGCAAUUCCAAUGCUGUGCCUAAGGCAGGGGUUGAGGCAGUUACAAUGAGCUCUGCCCAGCCCCAGGCUAUGGCCAAUUCCCAGGGUGAGACCUUGCCUGGUACCAAGAAUAAGGUCAGAGGGAACCCCAGUGCUGUGCCUAACACAGAGGCUGGGUCAAGUACAAUGGGUUCUGCCCAGCCCCAGGCUAUGGCCAAUUCUCAGGGUGAGUCCUUGCCUGGUGCCAAGAAUAAAGCCAAGGGCAAUCCCAAUGCUGUGCCUAAGGCCGGGGCUGGGGCAGAUACAAUGGGCUCUGCCCAGCUUCAGGUUGUGGCCAGUUCCCAGGCUGAGGCCUUGCCUGGUGCCAAGAAUAAGGUCAAAGGGAAUCCCAAUGCCGUGCCUAAGGUAGGGGUCGGGGCAGAUACAACGGACUCUGCCCAGCCUCAGGUUGUGGCCCAUUCCCAGGGUGAGGCCUUGUCUGGUGCCAAGAAUAAAGUCAAGGGCAAUCCCAAUGCUGUGCCUAAGGCAGGGGCCAGGGCAGAUACAAUGGGCUCUGCCCAGCCACAGGCUGUGGCCAGUUCUCAGUGUGAAACCUUGCUUGGUGCCAAGAAUAAGGUCAAGGGCAAGUCUAAUGCUGUGUCUAAGGCAGGGGCUGGGGCAGAUACAAUGGGCUCUGCCCAGACUCACGUUGUGGCCAGUUCUCAGCGUGAGGCCUUGCCUGGUGCCAAGAAUAAGGUCAAGGGCAAUCGCAAUGUUGUACCUAGGGCAGGGGCUGGGGCAGGUACAACAGGAUCUGCCCAGCCUCAGGUUGUGGCCAGUUCCCAGGCUGAGAUGUUGUCUGGUGCAAAGAACAAGGUCAAGAGCAAUCCCAAUGUUGUGUCUAAGGCAGGGGCUGGAGCAGAUACAACAGGCUCUGCCCAGCCCCAGGCUGUGGCCAAUUCACAGAGUGAGACCUUGCUUGGUGCCAGGAAUAAGGUCAGGGCCAAUCCCAGUGCUGUGCCCAAGGCAGGGGCUGGGGCAGGUAGAAGGAGUUCUGCCCAAAGGCAGACUGUGGCCAAUUCCCAGGGCGAAACCUUGCCUGGGGCACGGGACAAGGCUAUGCCCAGAUCUGAGGCAGAAGCCAUAGCAGAAGAUGUUGUCUAUGCAAAACCUGAGGCUGAGGCCGUGCCCACUUCUGAGAGUGAAGGUGGGUCAGAUGCUCAGGCCUGCAGAAAGACUCAGCCUAACAUCCAUGACUACUACUGGAAUGGGAUUGGUGUUGAGGACUGGAUUGCUGCUGAGCGGUGGAUCAAAUUUAGGUUUCAGGCCAUGGAUGGAGACUGGGAGAAUAGCAUGUCCUGGGCUGAUGAUGAGAAUGAAGCCAAUAUUGUGUCCUGGAGUGGGGCUAGUGAUAAGGCUGGUGUUAUUGGGUCCUGGGCUGUGGCUUGUGAUGAGGCCAGCAUUAAGUCCUGGGCUGGGGCUAGGGCUGAGAAUGAGGUUGGUGUUGGGUCCUGGACCGGAGCUGGGGACCAGGCCAGUGGAGGGGUCUGGGCUGGAGGUCAGACUAGUGAGGGGUCCUGGGCUGGGGACAAGGCCAGUGGGGGUUCUUGGACAGAGACUGAAAACAAGACUAUUGUGGGGUCCUGGACAGGGCAUGAGAACCAGGCCAAUGGGGGGUCUUGGGUUAUCUCUGGGAAUCAGGCCAUUGGAGGGCUCUGGGCUGGGGGUCAGGCCAGUGAGGGGGCCUGGCCUGGGGGCCAGGCCAGUGGGGUGUCCUGGGCUGGAGAAGAGGCCAUGGGAGGGUCCUGGAUUGGGGUUGGGAACCAGGAUAGUGGGGGGUCUUGGAUUGGGGCUAGUGCUGCGACUAUGGGUAGUGUUGUGUAUUGGGCUGGGACUGUGGACCAGGCUAGUAUAGCGUCCUGGACUGGGAUUGGUGAUCAGUCUGGUGAUGGAUCCAAGCCUAGACUUGAGGAUCAGGCCAGUGAACAAGGGUCCUGGGCUGGAGCUGGUGGCCAGGCUAGUGGAGGGUCCAGCUUGGGGCCUGAGGACCAGUCCGGUGUAAGGUCUUGGGUUGACACUGCAGACCAAAUUAGUGGAGGGUCCAGGCUGGGGCCUGUAGACCAGUCCAGUGGUGGGUCCUGGGCUGACACUGGUGACCAGUCUGGUGGUGGGUCCAAGCCUAGAUUUGAGAAUCAGGCCAGUGAAGAAGGGUCAUGGGCUGGGGCUGCUGGCCAGGCUGGUGGAGGGUCCAAGUUGGGGCCUGAGGACCAGUCCAGUGGAAGGUCCUGGGCUGACUCUGGGGAUCAAAUCAGUUCAGGGUUCUUGGUUGGAGCUGUGGACCAGGCCAAUGGUGGAUCCUGGGCUGGGGCUGGGGAUCCGGCUGGUGGUGGGGCAAAGCCUAUAUUUGAGGAUCAGGCCAGUGGAGGAGGGUCCUGGCCUGAUGCUGGGGACCAGACUGGUGGAGGAUCUAGGCUGGGGUCCAGGGGCCAGUCCAGUGGAGAGUCCUGGGCUGGCACUGGGGACGAGGCCAGUGGAUGGUUCUUUGCUUGCACUGGGAGUCAGACCAAUGGAGGAGGGACCUGGGCUGGCACUGUGAGUCAGGUCAGUGCAGGGUCUUGGUCUGGAGCUGGGGAUCAGGCUGGUGGCUGUUCCAAAUCCGGAUUUGAGGAUCAGGCCAUUGGAGGAGGGUUCUGGGCUGGUGCUGGGGCCCAAGCCAGUGUUGGGUCCAGGUCAGGGCCUGUGGAUCAAUCCAGUGGAGGAGGUUCCUGGGGUGGGGCUGGUGGCCAGGUCAUUGGUGUGUCUAGGCCAGGGCCUGCAGACCAGUCCAGUGGAGGGUCCUGGGCUGGCAGUGGGAGUCAGGCCAGUGGAGGGUCCUGGGUUGAGGCUGGGGAUCAGGCUGGUGGCUGUUCCAAACCCGGAUUUGAGCAUCAGACCUGUGGAGGAGGCUCCUGGACUGGUGCUGGGGAGCAGGCCAGUGGAGAGUCUUGGGCUGGGUCUAUUCCUGGGAAUGAGGCCAGUGGAGGGUCUAGGCUGAGGCCUGAGGAUCAGGCCAGUGGAGGGUCCUGGGCUAGAUCUGAGGACCAGGCCAGUGGAAGAUUCCAGGUCAGUGUUGAGGUAGAGGCUAAUGAAGGAUUCUGGUUUGGCCCUGGGAGUGAGUCCUAUAUAGGGUCUUGGUGCUGGACAGAGGAAAAGACUGAUAUUGUUUCCAUGCCUGAUAAUAAGGAUGAGACUAGUACUGAAUCCAGAUCAGGGGCUGGGGAAGAGGCCAUCAUUAGUUCUGGGUUUGGGGCUGAGACCAAGGCCAGUACUAGGUCCUGGACUGGAUCUGAGGGGGCAACAUAUGUGGAUUCCUCUGUGGGGGCUGAGGCUGGGGCUGAGGCUGGGACUGUGACUGGAGCUGAGGCUGGAGCUGAGGCUGGAGCUGAGGCUGGAGCUGAGGCUGGGGCUGUGGCUGGAGCUGAGGCUGGAGCUGUGGCUGGAGCUGAGGCUGGAGCUGAGGCCAACAUGGGGUCUUGGUCCUGGGAUGGAGAUGCAGCCACUACAGAGUCUAUGCCUAGGGCUGGAAUAGGGUCCUGGACUUUGGCUAGGGAUGUAGAUGAUGAUGAGCUAAGUACAGCAUCCAGCCCUGAUAUUGAGGAGAUCAGUUUAAGGUCUUUGUUUUGGGCUGAAAGUGAGAACAGUAAUGAGUUCAAAUCCAAGAGCGGUAAAGAUGUCAACUGUGAGUCUGGGGCUGGGGAUAAGGCCAGCAUCCAGGAUACGUUUGAAGCUGCUGGUGGAUUCGAUAUAAGGUCUUGGUUCUGUGCUGAUAAUGAAAACAGAAGUGAGGACAAACCUGCACCCAAGGCUAAAGCCAAAAAAUCAGCUGAGUCAAGAGGCACAUACCCGUCCAUGGUCCCUGGGGCAGGAAUGGGGUCAUGGGAUGGAGCCAUGAUCUGGUCGGAAACAAAGUUUCCACACCAAAAUGAGGCCAGCUUCCUAGCUGAAGAUGAGUUCAGAAAGCAGAUCUGGACUGGGGAGAAAGUUCGGCCCUUGUCCUGCCGCUGUAAACACGAAGCUAAUAUGGAUCCACGAGAGCUUGAAAAACUCAUUUGCAUGAUUGAGAUGACUGAAGAUCCUUCUGUUCAUGAAAUAGCCAACAAUGCUCUGUAUAACAGUGCUGAUUAUCCUUAUUCCCACGAAGUUGUUCGUAAUGUAGGUGGAAUCUCAGUUAUUGAAAGCUUGCUAAAUAACCCCCACCCCAGUGUUAGGCAGAAGGCUUUAAACGCACUGAAUAACAUCUCGGUGGCUGCUGAAAACCACAGAAAAGUUAAAACAUAUUUAAACCAAGUAUGUGAAGACACAGUCACCUAUCCCUUGAAUUCAAAUGUGCAGCUGGCUGGACUAAGAUUGAUAAGGCACUUGACUAUUACUAGUGAAUAUCAGCAUAUGGUUACAAAUUAUAUUUCAGAAUUUCUUCGUUUGUUAACUGUGGGAAGUGGAGAAACUAAAGACCAUGUUUUGGGAAUGCUUUUGAAUUUCUCUAAAAAUCCAUCUAUGACAAAAGACUUGCUCAUUGCCAAUGCACCAACAUCACUGAUUAACAUUUUUAGCAAGAAAGAGACAAAAGAGAACAUUCUUAAUGCUCUUUCACUGUUUGAAAAUAUAAAUUACCAUUUUAAAAGAAGAGCAAAAGCAUUUACCCAGGACAAGUUCAGUAAAAAUUCCCUUUAUUUCCUAUUCCAACGACCUAAAGCAUGUGCCAAGAAACUUCGAGUCCUAGCCGCAGAAUGCAAUGACCCUGAAGUGAAAGAAAAAGUUGAGCUAUUAAUAAGUAAACUCUGAUUGGCUGUAUGUUUCCAAACAAAUUUGAGUAAUAUUUUGAUUUUGCAGCCUGGAAGUAAUGCACAUGGUAUAUUGCAUUAUGACUUCAAAACUGAUGUUACCUAUGAUGGUCUAUAGCUGGCCCAUUUAUGAAAACCAGAUGAAUUCAAACUUGUACUGAAAAUACAUGUGUUGAUUUUUAUCUUGUCCGGAUUGAGAUAUUUUUAGUAUGCUUCAUGAGCAGAAACUGAACUGAUUCUCCAUAAGUAAGGUAAUCUUUGGUCCUUUGUGUGGACUUAUGUUUAUACAUUUGAGCCUUUAUUUUUAUGUCAUCAAUAAAGUUGUGUGUUUUAAGCAGCAGAAAAAAAA